AGUCCUAACCGGGAAUUGUCUUAAUCAACAUAACGUGGCUUUGUGUGUCCGGAGAUGGCUGAUGCUCAAGAAAUCUCCCAAGUGGCGAAUUUGGUGAUGUCCAUAAUCGCGAAAGAGAACCAGAGCGCAGCUUCCUCAAGAAAUAAGCCGCUGUCUUCUGGGAAGUACAUGCCCGAGAGUCUGCUAGACUACAAAGUCGGACAUGACGGGAGGAAGAUGUAUCUUGUGAAGUGGUUUGGUUAUCCGCACGAGGAGAACACGUGGGAGCAUCAGAGCAAUCUCUCCUGCCACUACAUGAUGCAGGAGAUCGAAGAGAAGAAGCGGCAGCUAAUUGCCAACGGCCAACCCUCUCAACUGCUCUACUGCCGCCCGCACCCCUCGAAAUAUGUGACAGGGACAUUGACAGGAUUCGACCUUGGCCACACGCCUGAGCUGAUCUUGGGAGCCACCGAGAAGGAUGGGGAGAUUCUGUUUUUGAUCAAGUGGAAAGGUGUAUUCGAGGCUGACAUGAUACCGAGACGUAUCGCUAAUCUAAGAUGCCCUCAGCUGGUCAUAGAAUUCUACGAAGAAAGAAUGCGUUGGUCUACCCCGAAAGAAAAAAUGGAUCACGUAGAAGAGGAAGAAGAAAUAGACGUGGUAUCAAUAGACGGCCUGGACAACAAGGGAGAAAAAUAAUUCUGAAAAUAAAAAUCGGAAGACAUACUAUUCGUGUGAUUUUCGUUACCAAUCGUAUCUACAGGCUCGCCCACAUACACAGGGAGUAACAAUUUUCAGCAUAGCCAAUCAUCAAAUUGCUAUUUGGAAGCCAAAAUAAUUAAAAAUUUUGUCCUUUAAUGUCUAGUCCCACCUUAUAAUAUGUCUCUUUAAUUUUCAUGAUUUUAUGAACACUCAUAAAUCAUGUUCAUCCUAUUUUGAAUUAAUGUGAAGCUUCAUUUCUUAUAUGCUUAUAUGAAUUAACACCUACUGUAUCCUUAUUUUGUGAAAUAAAAA